CUCGGCUUCACUUGCCGCUAGCGUGACUGCUGCCCAACACCUAUGGCAUGGCUGUUCAAACGAACACAAGAGUGCUGCUCAACAAAGUACGAGGUAUUUUACAGUUCAUACAGAAGCGACAUCGGGUGAAAACUAAAUGGGCAGCUACCUCGCCAAAAUUAUCAGCCACUGAUCUUGCUCUGCAGAACCAUGAUGUAAUGUACAACAUGCAACUUGGAGAGUUGUGGCCUUCGGUACGUGUUGGCUUGCUUACUGAGCAGAAAUAUGGUGCUCUGGUCAACAACUUUUCAUGUGACGACACUGUCAUGUAUCUACAGUCCCUUGGUUGUCAGGACUUUAUCGCCUCAAGUUUACACAUGGAGGGUUCUAAAGCAGCAGACUCUGUAAUUCCACCAUACUCUGAAUCGCUGCAAUUUGAUCAGCCCAUUGAAGGAACCUACACUGAUUUGACAAGAGCCUCCAUCAGUCCAAACGUCAAAUGCUUUGUGUUUCCCAAAGGAGACAUCUCUCGCUUCAAGCCAGCAAGGCCAGAUAGCUGUGGAUAUUUGAGCUAUUACCUUAUGGAUGCGGCCUCAGUAUUACCUGUCCUCGCUCUGAAUGUUCAGAAAGGACAGUCAGUGUUGGAUCUCUGUGCUGCUCCAGGGGGCAAGACCUUAGCCCUUCUUCAGACACAAGCUAUCAGGUUUCUUUGGGCUAAUGACUGGUCAGGGUCUCGUAUGUCUCGCCUCCAGAGGACUCUUAAAUCCUGUCUCCCCAGUGAGCUCUGUUCAGAGGACAAUUUAUGCAUCACUUCUUUGGAUGGACGUAAAUGGCAGGAAGUUGGGGAAAAUGGAACCUUUGACAAAGUCCUGGUGGAUGUUCCAUGUACUACUGACAGGCACUCUUUAGUGGAAGAGGACAACAACAUAUUUAGUCGUUCUAGGACAAAAGAGAAACAGAGUCUACCUCUGUGUCAGACUCAGCUAUUACUGAGUGCGCUCCAAGCCGUGAGGGUAGGAGGAGAGGUCAUGUAUUCCACUUGUACUCUCUCUCAGCUGCAGAACCAAUGUGUGGUAGAGCAGGCCAUGAGCUUGGCAAAGGAGGAACUGGGAAUAUCGGCAGAGGUUGUAGAUCUCCAACCAUUCACUGCACUGUUUCAGGACACGUUCUAUUUUGCUCCAGACAUGAAUGUUGGGGUGAUGGUGCUGCCUCACCUCACAGCCAACUUUGGACCCAUCUACUUUUGCAAACUGCGACGCCUCAGUUGACCAUAGACUCACUAUGGAAACUGGUGCACAGAUUAUAUCCCACAGGAUAUCUAAUUAUCUUCUGUGUUUACCACACUACGCUAUAAAUGCGUACUGUUUGGACUGAAUUAAAGUUCAAGACCUGAAACCUGCGCUUUCAGAAAAAGUUACCAGUGUGGGAACGUGGUCGAAUGCUGUGGGUUCUGUAUUUGUGGGAGUUGAAUUUGUUUUGAUAAAAAAAAAAAAAAAAAUGAGAGGAUUGUGUCAUUGUGGUACCAAUUAAUCAGUAAAUGUUUGCUUGGUGAAAACUAAGCCACUACAAGAGCAAGUGCCUAAACUGGCCAAAAUGGGACAGGUCAAGAAAAGCAAAGGCCAAACACCAGCCUCAGGCAUAAUACAGAUUCUGACUGAUGGGUAAAAUGGAUCUUACAGGUAUGAUGAUAAACAACUUCAUUAAUAUAGCACCUUUCAAGCAGUGGGCACGGUGACCAAGUAAAACCAGUUAUACAAUUAAUUGCUUGGAAAAGCCGUUCUAAAUAAGAGUUAAGAUUUAAAAGACCUUGAGGAAUCACAUGUGAGAUGUGUAGGGAGGCUUUUCCAGUGGGGAAUUUUGUAUUUUGAUUGUGCAUCAGGUAUUUUUUAAAGAUACACACAACUGUACAAAAGUUUGGAAUCACAUGUGUUAUCCAUCAAAUAAAGUGCAAAAUGAAUGAAAA